UCAUUCUGCCUGAAUCAUGUGACCCAGUGGCCUGCUGGGAAACAUGGAGCCUCUGUAAAUCUGUCCUCGCUCUCUCUCUCUCGCUCUCUCUCUCUCUCUCUCUCUCGAGCAGGAUGUCUGCGGCCUUCACGACUCCUACCAGAGGAGCAAGAGGAGCUGAGGAGGUCCUGGAUGAGAUUUACUCUGAUCUGCUCGAGUGUAAAGUGUGUUUCGAAACGUUUUCAUCCGAACCCAGAGCUCGAAGACCGCGCAACCUGCCCUGCGGUCACGUGAUCUGUCUGGGGUGCGUCUGCGCCCUGUCUCACGCCGUGUCACGCCGUCUCGAGUGCCCUUUCUGCAGGAAGCAAUGCGAUCAAGGUGGCACCUACGAAUGCCAGGUCCUCAUCGACCUUCAGGAGAUGAUCGGUUCGUAUUUCCCGCAAAAAAAGCCCCGAGAUUGGGAGGGAGAUCCGGGGUCAGGGGUCAUGCGUCUACACGACGUCUUCGGAGGAUGGGGUCCGCUCAUCAACCCGACCGGUGUAGCCGUGUUCGGAGCAUCACGGGGUGUUCUGGUGGCGCAUGGAGGGCAUGAGAGAGUGACCGUGUUCGGUUGUCGUGGUCAGUUCUUGCGCAGUUUUGGGCGCUACGGUCACAACAGCUACGAAAUCUGCCAUCCGUUAGAUAUUGCUGUUUCUCCCGGCGGCCAUAUUGUCGUGACGGAUGCAGGAGAUCGCUCAGUCAAGGUGUUCUCGCCGACAGGAAGUCCCGUGGCCACCAUCUCAGACCUGUUUCAGCUUCCUUGGGGUGUUGACGUGGACCUCUCGGGGAACAUCCUCGUGACCGACGCCGAAGCUGGGACACUUUGGCAGAUCGUCAUGGACUUUGGACGUGGUGUGGUUUCGGUAAAGAAACCGAUGGUGAAAGAUCUGAAGACUCCACGAGCUGUCGCUUGCUGUAGAGCGUCUGGACGCGUCGUAGUGGUGGAACAUCUCCAGAUUCGAGAACAUCCGAAGGAAGACGCAACGUUGACGCGGUUGAAGAUGUUCAGCAGCGACUUGGUUCUCCUCAGGCAGCUGGACGCGUUCAGUUUGCACCCACUGAGGCUGAGCAUCUCGUCUAUAACCUUCAGCAGAAACGGCGAUUUAAUCGUAGCUGAUGUGCAGCAGGGACUCGUCUGGAGUUUGGGAGACGUCCAUAAAGCGCCGGAGUUCAUUCCACUCGUUACAGAGGGACUGGUGCGUCCGGCGGGAUUAGUGGCGACUGACGAGGACACGCUGAUCGUCCUGGAUGCCGGAGAUCACACCGUGAAGACGUACACGACCGACACUGAGGACUUGUACAGCGAUAAAAAAUGAAAAUUCAUAAUUAUGAUGUCCAAAUGUUGUAUAUAUACGCUACAUCGUUGGUCAUCUCAAAGAAAAUUCAGCACUGUAAAAUCGCCUAAAAAUUACAAUUUAAUUAAAAUAAGUGAAAUAAGCAGGCGCAUAAAAACUGGAACUGAAAUCUUGUUACAAAUUAUUAAAACAUUUGUUGUUUGUGUUGCUUUA